AAUUAGCCGCAAAUUUGCAAAAACCUAAAACAGAGCUCAAAACACUUUACGCACACUGUUUGAAACAAAAACCAAACUACUAUGCUCAGUUCCGCCGCCACCGCCACCGCCGCCUCCGUGAGUGCUCGCUCCGGCGAUAUUCUCUGCGGCUAUUUUCGUAGAAAAACUGUCGCGCCUUUUCGUUUUGCCCAACCCGUCUAUUGUACAUCGCUGCGUUCGAGUCUCGUUGAGGUUCGAGCUAUGGCGGAGUCUCAGACAACAUCGCAGACGAAUCAGCCGCACGCCUCUGGCUCCUCUGAAUCAGGAAAGAAGCAAGCUUUGAUAUCUUUAUCUGACAAGAGUGACUUGGCUUCUCUAGGCAACGGUCUCCAAGACUUGGGAUACACUAUUGUUUCUACUGGAGGAACUGCUUCUACUUUGGAGAAUGCCGGAGUCUCUGUGACUAAAGUGGAGAAGCUUACUCACUUUCCAGAAAUGCUUGAUGGCCGUGUGAAAACUUUGCACCCAAACAUACACGGUGGUAUCCUUGCUAGAAGAGAUGUGGAACAUCAUAUGGAAGCUCUUAAUGAGCAUGGGAUUGGUACAUUUGAUGUGGUGGUUGUCAAUCUGUAUCCAUUCUAUGACAAAGUUACUGCUCCAGGUGGGAUCAGCUUUGAAGAUGGGAUUGAGAACAUUGACAUUGGUGGUCCUGCUAUGAUUAGAGCAGCUGCUAAGAACCACAAAGACGUUCUCAUUGUUGUCGACUCAGAGGAUUAUCAAGCUGUUUUGGAGUAUCUCAAAGGAGGACAAAACGACCAACAAUUCCGCAGAAAACUUGCGUGGAAGGCCUUUCAGCAUGUUGCUGCAUAUGAUUCUGCGGUUUCAGAAUGGCUGUGGAAGCAGACUGAAGGAAAAGAGAAGUUCCCUCCCAGCUUUACAGUUCCGCUUGAACUUAAGAGUUCUCUUCGUUACGGUGAAAACCCUCAUCAAAAAGCUGCAUUUUAUGUUGAUAAGAGCCUUGCUGAAGUGAACGCUGGUGGUAUCGCAACUGCGAUACAGCACCAUGGAAAGGAAAUGUCAUACAACAACUAUCUUGAUGCUGACGCUGCGUGGAACUGUGUGUCGGAAUUUGAAAACCCUACAUGUGUAGUCGUGAAGCAUACAAAUCCUUGUGGUGUGGCCUCUCGUGAUGAUAUUCUUGAGGCUUACCGGCUAGCUGUAAAAGCUGACCCAGUUAGUGCCUUUGGUGGCAUUGUAGCUUUCAAUGUUGAAGUUGACGAGGUUCUUGCGAGGGAACUCCGGGAGUUCAGGAGCCCAACAGAUGGGGAAACUAGAAUGUUUUAUGAAAUCGUGGUUGCUCCAAAGUAUACUGCUAAAGGUCUUGAAGUUCUCAAAGGGAAAUCGAAAACUUUAAGGAUCCUUGAGGCUAAAAAGAAUGACCAAGGCAAACUAUCCCUCAGACAGGUUGGUGGUGGCUGGUUGGCUCAGGACUCAGACGAUAUAACUCCAGAAGACAUCAGUUUCAAGUCAGUCUCAGAGAAAACUCCGACUGAAAGUGAACUUGCGGAUGCCAAAUUUGCCUGGCUUUGCGUUAAGCAUGUCAAGAGCAAUGCCAUUGUGAUAGCAAAGAACAAUUGUAUGCUGGGGAUGGGAAGUGGGCAGCCAAACAGAGUAGAGAGUCUGAGAUUAGCUUUCAAGAAAGCUGGCGAAGAAGCCAAAGGAGCUGCCUUGGCCAGUGACGCAUUCUUCCCAUUCGCUUGGAAAGAUGCGGUGGAAGAGGCGUGUGAGAAAGGAAUAGGAGUGAUAGCAGAACCUGGAGGCAGUAUAAGAGACCAAGACGCUAUUGAUUGCUGCAAAAAGUAUGGAGUCUCUCUGCUCUUCACCAACGUUAGACAUUUCCGCCAUUGACUGAUGAAAUCCUCCAGUUUUGCUCUUAUAAACAUAUCCAAGAGAUUCUGUAGAAGAGAACCCACCAAACAAAACACAAAGAGUGGGAAAUAAAAAUGUUGCAACUUUGAAUUGCGUUCGACUUUGUGUAUGAUUAGAGAGCUGUUCCUACUUUAAAAAAAUUUGACUUUUUUA